GACUCCAUCAACACCGGCUUGGCCAACCUGCAAAGCCGGCGCGUGGACCAGUACGAGGGCGUUGGCUACGCCGUCCUGCUGCAGAAGAUCUCGUGCAUAUUGCUGGCGCAGAGCGCCGAGAACCACGAGGCGGCCGCGGCCCUGCUGGAGGAGGCCGCCGGGCGCCUGCGCGGCACGGCGGGCGGGCCGACGGGCCCCGGG